AUGAACGCAAAUGAUCGUCAAAAGAUUUCAUCGAAAAAUACAGCAUUAGAAGAUAUGACAUAUCAAUCCAAAGCUAAUAACUAUCUUAUUUUACCAGCAUUAAAAAAGACUAAAACUGACCAAUCAACACCAACAACAUCGAAUUUUUACAGAAGAAACAACUGUUUUGUGAGUCAUUUGUGCGUCCCUUCUAUGAAUAAUAAGAGGAAAGUUCAAUCUACGAACUUUGCCUAUCAAUUGGACAACGAAACUGAUCAAGAACAUCAAUGUUAUGUGUGUCAAGAACAGUUUUUAUCACAGAAUGACUUCGAACAACAUUUAUGCCAAAAAUGUUAUCCAUCAGAAAUGCGAGAACAAAUUGAAAAUUUAACUCCAUGCAUCGAAGACAAUGAACAACGAAAACAAUUAGAACAAGUUUUAUGGAAACAUGGCAAAUUAUUUAAUAUUCGCAAACCACCCAUUACAAAGCUAAAUGAUGAACCAAUGAAAGAAGAAAUACAACAAGAUGAAUUAUUAAAUAAUAAUUAUACAGUUGAAUCAGUUUAUGGUUUAGAUGAACGGACAACUGUCAAUGAUAUACUGGGAUUGUAUGAACCGAAUUCGAAUGUUGUACUAUCGGUUCAUGAACAAACAAAUGUAUUAGAUGGACUUGAAGCUGUUUCAGAAGAAGAUGAACAACAACAACCGAUACAAAAUUCAAUAUUAAUAAAUAAAGAAAUUCAAAGAACAGCUGAAUAUCAUUCAACAUCGGCAAAAAACGAAAGUAACUAG